CUAGUUAAAUAAUCUGUCAAAUUCUCAGACGAAGUGUGAGAAUUUUUAUUUGCAGUUUCAAUUAAUUUUAUUUUGUUCUUGUGUUUCUGGGAGUAUACGGUCUAAAUAUUAUUACUUACAAAAUAUAGUACUAGUAGUAAUACAUGUUGAAGAGAUAGUGCGCAGUCCAUGCCAUGCGUUAUUUUGUGGCUAUGAAAUUUCAACAGGAGGCAGAAGCCAGCGAAAACACAAAAUAUAAGGAUGGAGUCAACAGGAACGCUAGGCUUAUUGUUCGAAAUAUAUCCUUCAAGGCGACUGAAGACAGUUUGCGGGAUCACUUCUCCCAAUACGGGACCGUGGAAGAAGUGAAACUGCUUCGGAAGCCCGACGGGAAGCUGGUGGGAUGUGGCUUCGUGCAUUACACACACGUGCCCAUGGCCAACAAGGCUAUAACUGCUACUAAUAAAAAACCAUUUCUAGACCGUCCCAUUUACGUCUCUUGGGCAGUGCCCAGGCAUAAAUAUGGGGAGAAUGCAGAGCAGGACCAACCUCCCAAGAAGAGUGCAACUUUUGGUGAUUACGAAAAAAUUACAGUUAAGGAUGAAGAUCAAACCAAAUCAGACAAGGAUAAAAAUAAACAACGUAUCAACCGCAAUGCACGUCUUAUCAUAAGAAAUGUGAGCUUCAAAGCCACUGAAGAAUCCUUGAAGGAGCAUUUCCAAACCUACGGUGAUAUAUUGGAGGUGAAACUUCUCAAGAAACCGGAUGGCAAACUGGUUGGGUGUGCGUUCGUACAUUUCAAGAAUGUGCCAAUGGCCAAGAAAGCUCUGUUGAGCACUAACAUGAAGCCAUUUUUGGGCCGUCCAAUAUCCGUGGACUGGGCGGUGGCCAAGGACAAGUACAUGCAGCACAUCGUGAACCAGCAGCUGGAGAUGCAAGAGGAUGUCAAGAAGGAAGACUCCGACAGCGACGAAGAUGAGCCUCCACUAAACAUCUCCAAUGACGAUGUGAAGGCUGAGAUUAAAAGUGAAUCAGAUGGUGAUUCUGUAAAAGAAGAGGAUGAUUCUUCAGCAGAAAGUGAUGAUGAAGACGAUAAAAGCGAUGAUGAAGAUAGUGAUGAUGAAAAAGAUGAUGAGGACCAGGAGGAGGAAGAAGAUGAUGUUGAUGAUGAUCAAAGCCAAACCAGCACUAAACCGGAAUGGAAGCGGACCCAGCUGAACGAUGCAGAGGACGGCUGCACAGUGUUCGUCAGCAACGUGCCGUUUAGCGUGGACAGCGCACAGUUGCGGGAAUUCGCGGAGGGCACCGCGCCCGUGCGCUAUGCGCUCGUCUGCGUCGAUAAGCUCACCGAGCACUCCAAGGGCUCGGGCUUCAUCAAGUUUACCAACCAGGAGGACGCGGACAAGUUCCUGGCACUGCCGGCGGCGUCGCUACGACUGGAUGGACAGACGCUGCAGGCGCGGCCGGCGCUGCGCCGCGACAGCCUGCUCAAGCAGCCGCGCCAGCCCAAGGACAACCGCAACCUGUACCUCGUCAAGGAGGGCGUGGUGGCAGCGGGCAGCCGAGCGGCGCUGGGCGUGUCGAGCUCGGACAUGGCCAAGCGGCUGGCGCUCGAGCGUAGCAAGACCCAGAUGCUUAAGAACCUCAACAGGUUCGUGUCCCGCUACCGGCUGGUGGUAUCCAACCUGCCUCCCUCGUGGAAUGACACUCGCUUGCGGCGGGUUUGCGUGGCGGCUGCGGGACGCGCCGCCGUCGUCACGGAGGCUCGUGUGAUGCGUGACCUGCGCGCGCCGCUCGGGACAGACGGACAGCACCCGUCAAAAGGCUACGGCUUCGUAAUGUUCACUCGACACGAAGAUGCACUUACCUGCCUGAGAAAGUUGAACAACAACCCAGACAUUAUCGAUCAGAACAAUAGGCCCAUCGUCUCCUUUUCCAUAGAAGAUAGAACCGCGCUGAACGCCAGAAAGAAGCGUCUGGAAAAAUCCAUCGCCAACAACCCAACGGCCAACAAACCGGACAACGAUAACCAAUCGAAAAACAGGAAACGCAAAAACAUGGCCCCGCCGGACGAGAGUUACGUGAAAAAAGGCAGAUUCGAUAAACCUAAAAACCAUAAUGAUGACUUCGCUAAAAAGAGGUUAAUGGGGAAGAAACAUCAAAACCAAAAUGAAAACAGCGCAGGGAAAUUCGUAAGGAGACCAAGAAACGACGAAUCUAAUGAAUACACUGGAUUAACUGCUAAAGAGGGUUCUCAACACAAAAUGAGGAGCAAUCAUAAAUUGCGACAACAGGCGGACGUCCAUAGACAACAGGUCAAAAUGGAAAAGAAAAAAAGUAAGAAGGCCAUGCGACUCAAAAUGGCGGCCAAGGAAAGGGUGAAGCAGCCGAAACAGAAAAUUAAUAAAGCGCCCGGCAAGAAAAAUAAAAGGAAGAAGUUCAAGUCGAAUAAUAUUAGGGAUAUACUUAAGUAAAUGUACAUUAUGUAUUAUAUUCGUUUUUAAAUACAUUUAAUUGUAAAUAUGUA